AUGCAAUAGUAAGAGAUUUAACUCAAUAAUUAUGAUGAUAUCUCAUUCAAAAUAUAAUAAUCCCAAUAGAAUAAAUGUCUAUUGGAAUAAUAAGCAUCACAUUAUGAGAUGAAUAAACAAAAUGAGAGUGUUUUUACCACAUUUGAAAAUUUUGAAUGUUAACCUGAAUUAUAGCAAAAAUUGGCAGAUGCAAUUAAAUAAGAAACUCUCUAAUUUAAAUAAUACCGUAAGUAGGUAUCUCAAACUCUGCAGGAAGCAUAAUAAAUAGUCGUUGAUUAUUUUUAAGAAACGAAAAAAGAAAUUAAAAAGAUAAUAAAUUCCUUAAAAACUACUGAAUUUCAAUACAAAUUAACUCAAAAUUCAUAAGAAAAAAUAAAGUAAUCCUUGAUUGAUCAACCAUUCAAACAAAAAUACUAGCAAGAAAAGUUUGAUGACAUACUAUAAAUGUUGAAUAUUUUAAUUUAAUAUUCUAAAUCAUUUCAUUAAUUAAAAUUUGAGAUAUCCAAAACUGAACAAUUGUUUAAUAAUCAAGUUUAAAUCACAGGUAAUCAUUGUUUUGGAUUAAAACAUGGGUGCCAUUUUUAUAAAUUUUAAGAUUUGCAAUUCAAAGGAGGAGAAUAUAAAUAUGGUGUAAAGGAAGGACAAUGGAAGGAGAUAAUUUGGGCAAGAUCAGAACCCAUAGAGUUAAUUUAUGAACAAGGAUAAUAUAUAAACGAUAAAAGAAUUGGAGAAUGGAAUACAAUUGAUUUAAUAGCAAACUAGAUUUUGAGCUAUGGAAAUUAUGAUGAAUUUGGAAACAAACAAGGUAAAUGGCUUGAAAUGAAAAUAAAAUAAGACGAAAACAAUAAUAUUAAAAUUGUUGAAUGGCAUCAAAAUUAUGUAAAUGAUUUCCCAUAAAAUGAAAGAAGAUUAACAUCGAUUAUCAGAAAUUCCUUAAUUUUGAGUCAAGCUAACUGUCCUUAAAUUCCAAUAACGGAGGGAUAUUUAAUUAGAUAAGGAAAAUAAAAAUAAGGAGAUAAUGAGAUAUUUUUGUAAUUGCAACCUUAAGGCUAGAUGCUUUAUUUAUUCCAAUCCUAAUCCUUUAAUGCUUAACCUAUUGAAAUCAUCAAUUUGAUUAACAUUCAUUCAGUGUUUCAUUAAAAAAACUCAAAAAAAUAGGAUUUAGUUGAAAUCAAUUUUCUGAAUGGUAAAAAGGCGUAAUUUAUGGCUAAAACAGAACGUGCUGCUAAAAAAUGGGCUGAGUCAUUUAAUUAAGCUCUUUUGUACAAUCAAUGGAUAACUGAAAAAUAAAACUCAUCAAUAUCUGUCUCAGAUGCUUGUGAAGACGAUAAUAAUGAUAAGGUUUUUAUUGAGGAUAAUGUUUUACAAAAUUAAAAUUAUUAGUAUCUGAAAGAAGGAUUUGAUGACAUCUCUUCAUUAGAUAUAAAAUAAUUUGAAUUGUAAAAGCAAUUAGGAGAGGGAUUAUUUGGCAAAGUGUUUUUGGCUAAAUAUAAAAAUAAUAAUAUUUAUGCCUUAAAACAAAUGCAGAAGAGUUUUUUGAAAAAGUAGAAUUUUUUAAAAUAUGCAAUCACUGAGAUGGAGAUACUAAAAAGUGUGGAAUGUCCAUUUAUUAUUAAAAGUUAUGCUUUUUUAGAAAAUGAAAAGUAUUAUUAUAUCAUAAUGGAGUAUUGUCCAGGCAGAGAUCUGAUACAUAAUCUUAUUGUUCAUGGGAAAUUUAAUGAAAAUGAAAGUAGAUUUUAUAUGGCUGAAUUAAUAAUUGCCAUAGAAUAUUUACAUAAGAAGAAUAUCUUAUAUAGAGAUUUGAAACCAGAAAACAUUCUAAUAGACAGAAGAGGCCAUAUAAAACUAAUUGAUUUUGGACUGUGUAAGACUGAGAUAAAGGAUGGAGAAAGAAGUUUCAGUUUUUGUGGUUCACCUUAUUAUAUGUCACCAGAAGUGAUUGAGCAAAGAGGGGCAACAAAAGCCUCUGAUAUUUACGGAUUAGGAGCUAUUUUCUAUGAAUUAUUAACAGGAAAAUCUCCAUAUUUUGAUAAAAACUAAGAAAAUGUUAAAUAAAAUAUCAAGGAUACUAAACUUAUAUAUCCAAGCAAUAUUUCAUAAUAAGCUAGAGACCUAAUUCAAUAAAUGCUUGAAGUUGAUGAUAGCAAAAGAAUUACGUUGAAUGCAAUAAAAUCAGAUAAAUUUUUUAAUGGUGUUGAUUGGGGUAGAAUGUAUAAAUAAUAAUAUGUUCCUCCAAUAAGGGAAUUUGAAGAUCUAUCAGAUGACGAUUGA